AUGUCAACUGCUGACAGUGAAGAACCAGGCAGUCUGACCCAUGAUAGGAGGGAGCCAAGUGAAGAGCCAGCCAGUCUGACCCAUGAUAGGAGGGAGCCAAGUGAAGAGCCAGCCAGUCUGACCCAUGAGUCCAUGUCAACUGCUGACAGUGAAGAGCCAGGCAGUGUGACCCAUGAUAGGAGGGAGCCAAGUGAAGAGCCAGCCAGUCUGAGCCAUGAUAGAAGGGAGCCAAAUCCUCAAGAGUCCAUGUCAACUGCUGACAGUGAAGAGCCAGGCAGUCUGACCCAUGAUAGGAGGGAGCCAAGUGAAGAGCCAGCCAGUCUGAGCCAUGAUAGGAGGAAGCCAAGUGAAGAGCCAGCCAGUCUGACCCAUGAGUCCAUGUCAACUGCUGACAGUGAAGAGCCAGGCAGUCUGACCCAUGAUAGGAGGGAGCCAAGUGAAGAGCCAGCCAGUCUGACCCAUGAUAGGAGGGAGCCAAGUGAAGAGCCAGCCAGUCUGACCGAUGAGUCCAUGUCAACUGCUGCCAGUGAAGGGCCAGCCAGUCUGACCCAUGAUGAAAUGAGGCAGCCAAAUCCUCAAGGGACAGGGACAAGAAAAGGAAUGAAACGAAAGUGGGCCAGCGAAGAGAACAUAUGUUUCAUGAACUUUUUUAGAGAUGAAUUAAGAGAAAAAAAAAAUGCCAUCUGGCUCAAAAAUAAUGGGGUCCCUAAAAAUACUUACCGGAAGAACAGUGGCCCAGAUAAGGGCAAGGGUCCAUAACAUUAUUAUGGAAAAACAAAAAUGGAAAAAGAAUUGUUGAACUGUGGAAUAUGUUUAUGCCCCUGGUAGGGUGGCAUAUAGCAGUUGAACUGUCCGUCAGUUAGUCAGUCUGUCCAUCUGGCCGAAAACUUAUAUGGCCAUAACUUUUUCAAUAUUGAACAUAGCAACUUGAUAUUUAUACCCCUAUUACAAUUGGUAAUGGGGGCUAUAUAGGAGUCACGUUUGUCGGUCUGUCCCGAUAUUUCAUCCGAUCUUCACCAAACUUGGUCAGUAGUUGUAUGUAGAUAAUGUCUAGGUCAAGUUUGAAUAUGGGUCAUGCCAGGUCAAAAACUAGGUCAUGGGGUCACUUAGUAUGUUUUAAACUGUAAGUUUGUACGGACCAUAGCUAUGUUAUUUAUCGUUACAUUUUUAAAUGACUCGGUACAUUUGUUCACCAUCAUGGAACGGUGUGUCGCGUUAAAAGAAAUUACGUCAAUAUCUCAAAGGUCAAGGUCACACUUGGGAGUUCAAAGGUCAAAUGCUUGUCCGGGCCAUAGCUUUGUUUUUUAUUGUGAGAUUUUAAAAUCAUUUGGCACAUUUGUUCACCAUCAUUGAACAGUGUGUCGGGCGAAAGAAUUACGUCGAUAUUUCCAAGAACAAGGGCACAAUUUGAGUUUAAAGGUAAAAAAUGGCCAUAAUUUAGCUUGUCUGGGCAAUAACUAUGUUGUUUAUUGUGCGAUUUUAAAAUCGUUGGCUCUUUUGUUCACCAUCAUUUGACAGUGUGUCGCGCGAAAGAAUUACGUCGAUAUCUUCAAACUCAAAGUUGUAGUUUUAGUUCAAAGGUCAAAAAUGGCAAUAAAUUAUCUUGUCUGGGCCAUAAAUAUGUCAUUCAUUGUAAGAUUUUAAAAUGACUCUGUACAUCAAUUUUGUUCAAAGUCAUUGGAAGGCUUGUCAUGUGAAACAAUUCAAGAGUUCAAAGGUCAAAAUGGCUAUAAAUGAUAAUGGCAUAAUGAUUCUUAAAAAAUCGCCAUAAAUUGUAUUAUCUUGUUUUGUGAAGACAGCAUACAAAAUAGUCUGUGUCAAUGCGUUAUGUGGGGGUAUAUGUCACGUCUGUGACAAAGCUCCAGUUGGCAUGCAUGUGCAUCUUGUGAAGCUGCACAUAUUGAGUGGUGAAAAGUGAAGGUCAAGGUAAUCCUUCAAGGUUAAAUGUUAAAUAUAUUGCUUCUGUCCGUCCGUCUGAAAACUUUAAAAUUGGCCAUAACUUUUGAGCUCACCUGAGUGCAACAUGCUCAUGGUGAGCUUUUGUGAUUGCCUUUUGUCCGUUGUGCGUUGUAUGUCGUCAACAUUUUGCCUUGUGAACACUCUAGAUGCCACAUUUAUUGUCUGAUCUUCAUGAAAUUUUGCAGAACAUUUGUCACAUUGAUACCUCGACUGAGUUCGAAACUGGGUCAUGCUGGGUCAAAAAUUAGGUCACUAGGUCAAAAAAACAACAAAAAAACUUGUGAACACUGUAGAAGUCCAAUCUUCAUGUAACUUUGUCAAAAUGUUUGUCUAAAUGAUAUUUUGGUUUAGUUUAAAAUUGGUUCCGGUCCGUUGAAAAACAUGGCCGCCAGGGGCGGGGCAGUUUUCCUUAUAUGGCUAUAGAGAAACCUUGUGAACACUUUAGAAGUCAAAAUGUUUGCCUAAUCAUCAUGAAACUUGGUCAAAACAUUGGUUUUAUUUAUAUUUUGGACGAGUUUGAAAAUGUUCCAGAUCAGUGAAAAACAUGGCCGCCAAGGGGCGGGGGAGUUUUCCUUAUGUCUUUAGUUAAACAUUGCUAACACUCUAGAGGCCACAUUUAUUGUCCAUUCUUCAUGAAAUUUGGUCAGAAGUUUGGUCUCAAUGAUAUCUUAGACGAGCUGAAAAUGGUUACGUUUGCUUGAAAAACAUGGCUGCCAAAGGGCGGGGCAUUUUUCCUUAUAUGGCUUUAUAUGGCUAUAGUAAAAUCUUGUUAACACUCUUGAGGCCACAUUUAUUUUCCGAUCUUCAUGAAACUUGGUCAGAAUAUUCAUCCCAAAAAAUAUCGUAGACAAGUUAAAAAAUGAUGCUGGUUGGUUGAAAAACAUGUCCGCCAGGGGGUGGGGCAUUUUACCUUAUAUGGCUAUAGUAAAACUUUGUUAACACUCUAUAGGCCACAUUUAUUUUCUUAUCUUCAUGAAACUUGGUCAGAAGAUUUGUCCUAAUGAUAUCUUGGAUUUGUUCAAAAAUAGUUUUGUUUGCUUAAAAAACAUGGCCACCAGGGGGCGGGGCAUUUUUCCUAAUAUGGUUAUGUAUCAUGCUUUACUAAAACAUUGUAAACACUCUGUAGGCCACAUUUAUUUUCCGAUUAUUAUGAAACUUGGUCAGAUGAUUUGUCCUAAUGAUAUCUUGGAUGAGUUCAAAAAUGGUUCUAGUUGGUGGAAAAACAUGGCCACUAAGGGGGCGUGGCAUUUUUCCUUAUAUGGCUAAAGUAAAACCCUGUUAAAACUCUAGAAGCCAUAUUUAUUGUACGAUCAUCAUGACACUUUGUCAGAAGAUUUGUCCCAAUGAUAUUUGGACAAGUUUGAAAUUGGUUCCAGUUGCUAAGAAAAACAUGGCCACCAGUGGGCGGGGCAUUUUUCCUUAUAUGGACUUAUGAAUCUUCUUGAAACUUUGUCAGUAUAUUAGUUUAAAUGAUAUCUUGGAUGUGUUUUUCACGUUGACAUUUGAAGCUUUAACUUUGUAUGAUUCUAAAUAUGUGUCAAUGCUGUCAGUUGAAUUUUGAAAUAUGAAGUUUUACAUUUUUUGUAGAUUAAAUAAUUUGUAAAAUGUUGCAGUUUCGUCAAUCAGUUUUAUAAGAUAUUGAGCUUUAAAUAUGAUGCAGAUUGUAAGAUUCUUAAUAUCUUUCAAUAUUGUGGAUAAGUUUUUGAGAUAUCAAGCUUUGAGUUUUAUGCAAAUUGUAUGAUUUCAAAAUGUUUUAAUGGUGUUGAUCAGUGUAAUGAAGAUUGCAUAAUUUUUAUGUUUUAAUUCUGUCUAUUGGUUUUCAAAAUGAAAGACUUUGAUUUUGUAAGUGCACUUUUAUCUCCUGAAAGAUUCUUUACUAGUGUUUAGUUUAUAUUUUAAGGCUGUUUGCAAACUCGAAGUGAAAACAGUUCUAUUACAAUUUGGUAAGGACAUGACAUUGCAUAUCUGAUUUUAAAAUGUACUUUGCUGGCAACGUGUAAUUUUCUGAAAUGUCUUAGUAAGACUGUUGUUUGCAAUCAAAAGGUCUGUGCUUCAAAUACAGGGUAAUGCAUGUUUUUUGUCCAAAUUUAUGGCGAUUCAGACAUUGUUCUAUGAAAAUUUGGGGUUUGCUUGAAGGUUCAGUCUAUUUUUAUGUCCCUCACUAUAGUAGUGGGGGACAUAUUGUUUUUGUCCUGUCUGUUGGUUGGUUGGUUGAUCUGUUUAUGCCAACUUUAACAUUUGCAAUAACUUUUGCAAUAUUGAAGAUAGCAACUUGAUAUUUGGCAUGCAUAUGUAUCUCAUAGAGCUGCACAUUUUAAUUUUCUGAAAGGUCAAGGUCAGAGGUCAAAUAUAUGUGGCCAAAAUCGCUCAUUUUAUGAAUACUUUUGCAAUAUUGAAGAUAGCAACUUCAUAUUUGGCAAGCAUGUGUAUCUCAUGGAGCUGCACAUUUUGAGUGGUGAAAGGUCAAGGUCAUAAUUCAAUGUCAUAGGUCGAAUAUAUGGCUUCAAAGCGGCGCAGUAAGGGGGAUUGUGUUUUACGAACACAGCUCUUGUUGUUAACUGCCUUUUUAGUCCCUUACCAGUGUUUCACUAAAGUCCGUGUACUUUGGACUCAUUUCAAGUUGACAUUUGAAGCUUUAACUUUGUAUGAUUCUAAAUAUGUGUCAAUGCUGUCGGUUGAAUUUUGAAAUAUGAAGUUUUUCAUUUUUUGUAGAUUAAAUAAUUUGUAAAAUGUUGCAGUUUAGUCAAUCAGUUUUAUAAGAUAUUGAGCUUUAGUUAUGAUGCAGAUUGUAAGAUUCUUAAUAUCUUUCAAUAUUGUGGAUAAGUUUUUGAGAUAUCAAGCUUUGAAUUUUAUGCAAAUUGUAUGAUUUAAAAUGUUUUAAUUUGUUGAUCAGUGUACUGAAGAUUGUAUACUUUUUAUAUGUUAUAAUUCUGUCUAUUGGUUUUCAAAAUGAAAGACUUUGAUUUUGUAAGUGCACUUUUAUCUCAUUAUGCCCCCCUUCGAAGAAGAGGGGGUAUAUUGCUUUGCUCAUGUCGGUCGGUCUGUCGGUAUGUCAGUUUGUCGGUCCGUCCACCAGGUGGUUGUCAGACGAUAACUCAAGAACGCUUGGGCCUAGGAUCAUGAAACUCCAUAGGUACAUUGAUCAUGACUCGCAGAUGACCCCUAUUGAUUUUGAGGUCAAAGGUCAAGGUCACGGUGACCCAAAAUAGUAAAAUGGUUUCCGGAUGAUAACUCAAAAAUUCAUACGCCUAGGAUCAUGAAACUUCAUGGCUAGAUUGAUCAUGACUUGCAGAUGACCCCUAUUGAUUUUGAGGUCACUAGGUCAAAGGUCAAGGUCACGGUGACCCGAAAUAGUAAAAU